UUAAAAAGGCAUUUAAAAAAAGAAAAAUGAAAAAAGACAGGUCCAUUUUUUGGUUGUGAGUUGUGACAUAUAUGCAUAGCCAAAUCAAAUUCGGCUGCAAACAUCCCUGACAAAAGAGAAUCUGUCCUUUUUUCCCCUUUUUCUUUUGUGGCAUUGAGAGCAACGACAAUAUAUAUAAUCUUAUAAAAUUUUCCAAACCGCUACCAUCAAAAUCUUGUUAUCUUCGCUCUCUUCCACCCUCCUCAGCCUUUUUGUUCUUUAUAUCUUUUUUUGUAAGAGCUUAGAGACUAGAGUUUAGAAAGAUGGAAGAAGAAAACUAUGUACCGGCAGACUCUAUGCAAUAUCAUACAGCACGGAUGAUGAUGUCUCCGGAAAUCGUAGAGAUCGGAGAAGAGAGCAAGAGCUUUGCAGGAAGCAAAGAUGGAAGUGCCAGCGAUGUUUAUGUUGCCGUUGGCAAAGAUGACUUGGGUGUUUUGAAAUGGGCACUUGACCAUGCUGUGUCUCCUGGAGCUCGGGUUUUUCUUGUUCAUGUUUUUGCUCCCAUAACUUUUGUACGUACCCCAGUUGGGAAGUUAUCAAAGAACCAAUUGAGCCAAGAACAGCUGAGAGUUUAUGUUAAUGAAGAGAAAAACAGGAGAAGCAACCACUUGCAAAAAUACAUUCGCCUGUGCGUUGACUCCAAGGUGAUAGUGGACACGAUGCUGAUUGAAAGCGAUUCCACGUCCAAAGCAAUUCUUGAACUCAUUCCUGUUCUCAACAUUACCACCCUUGUCAUCGGAACAAAACAUCCACCUAGCUCAAGGCAGACAAGGUGGAAACAGGGGAUAGGAGAAUUGAUCAAGAAGGAUGCUCCGGACUAUUGUGAGGUUACCAUUGUUCAUGGUGACAAGAAGGUUCAAGAUUGUCAACAGGAAUCGGAGCUAGUCCAUCCAUCCCAAGAAUACAGUCCCCCGAGAACAGGAGUCAACUCUGAAAGGAAUUUCUUCCAGUGUGUAUGCUUUACAAGCAAGUCCAAUUGAGCCUGUUUGCGUUCCUCCGCAUCAAUGUGAUAAUCUAGCAGAAAUUAUAUUCUCUCAUUUUACUAUUUUAUAAGCUUCAACGAUAAAAGUACUGCUUAAUUGAUAUACUCUUGAUGCUGAAUGUAAAUUGGAAUACCCCGCUAAUAAUAAAGAGAUUAAGGCCUAGACAAGGUUUUAACAUGUCUGAAAGAAAUCAAGAAUUACAAUAUGAAAAUGCUUCAAUUGGCAUUGCAAAACUGGCAAUGCACCCUAUUAGUUGCCAGUCCUAUUGUCAUACAGCCCUUGCCUACCUUCAGCUUUUUCCUGUGUUGAAACAGACAAGUAAUUC